AUAAAAUAAACAUAAUUUGCCACAACACAUCAAUUGGAACUAGGCAUUUGGAGUUCCUGAUAAUCGUAGCUGAUAAGUAGAUGUUAUCUGCUUUAAAGGGAAUUGUGGCUGUGCUUAUCAGGUAUUCGGCACGUCGGUUACAGCUCAUUUGUUCAUGACGGAUAUAAAACAGUUUAAAGCUAUGUUCGAUAAACGUGUUAUGGCUUUUGUAUGCACGAACGCACGUUUUUGAAUGAGUCUAGAUGACAGAAUAAAACGUGCACGAAGAAUUAAUGCAGCGUAUUAUAGAAUAAACUAAGAUAACGGAACUGACCAUUAAACAAGUGUAAAUACAAUAUUUCGUUCGUAGAAUUUCAGACCUAUUUGUAUUUAAAUGGUGCAAGUGUGUAACACUAUAGGGGUCGAGUAAUUGACUGGAAAAAAUUUGACUACGGAAAUCGCCAUUAUUUUGAAAUUGCGGGAUAUAGCGUGUUAUAAUGUAACGAUAACGUGUAUAAUUUAAGAAAGAAAGACAAGUGAUGUUCGGGACUAUGUGAUACGCGUUCAAAAUAACAACUACGAAUAGUAAUGUAUAAAUACAAUUCAGGUAUCACCGUUGAACAAGUAAAAACGAGUUAUCGAAUAACAAAAGUGUUCGUCAAUAAAUAGGUGUGUGCAGUGCAAUUAACGGAAUAAUUAUCGAUUUAUUGUCAUGGCAAUAAAUGGAGUGAGAGGACCGCCGGGUAUUCAUCCUGGUCGCCUCACGGUACCGGGUCAGAAACCAAGAGCCUCGGUGUACGACAAAGAGUAUAACUGUUGUCGGAUAGUGCUUUUGGGAAUCCCAGGGGUGGGGAAAACAGCUUUAACAGUGCGGUUCAUGACUAGACGGUUUAUAGGAGAAUAUUGUCCAACAUUGGAGACCAUCCAUCGGUGUCAGUGUCACGUGGACAAUGAGGACACGAGAACAGAGAUUUUAGACACAGCAGGGCAGAUGUGCGCCGAUGGGGGCUGGGUCUGGAAAGACUACUACGCUUUCUGGGGUGACUGCUACCUCUUCAUAUAUUCCAUCAACGACAGGCAAAGCUUCGAGCAAAUAAUGAACUUUAAGAGACAUGUCGAGAACAUUCGACAAGCGCCCGUAUUCGGCCUUCUUGUAGGUAACAAAGCGGACUUGCUUCACGAUAGACAAGUGCCGGAAGUUGAGGGCAUUGAACUUGCGGACGAAAUCGGUUGUCGCUUUUACGAAAUCUCCGCCGCCGACUGGACUCAGGUGGAUAAGAUUGUAGAUCUGUUCCACGAUGCGGUCCGCGAGUACCGGCGAUCACGUGGAAUGCGCAUGCGUCGCCCAAGUUCCUCCACACGCUUUCGUCAGGCAAUACAAAAGGUGAUAACAGGUAAAGGGGGAACGACAAGGCGAUCACCGUCUACUACUACUUGACAGCAUAACGAAUUCGUCUAAACUGUGGAAAAAAAUCGACUAAACACGUUGGCGUCUGAAAUCGAAGUUAAAAAAAUAAUAAAAUUAAUAAUAUAAAUGUGAAUACAUAGUUGUACACACGUGUACACCGAACGGGUAUAUAUUUGCAAUUAACAACAUGUUCUUCAGAAUCAUGUGUAUUUUGCAUGUAUAUGUCGUUUCAAAAUCAAUAAUGGGUUUGGUUGUUUUGAAUUUAGUCGCAUAAACGUACGGCUACGAGAGUACAGAUAGUGUGCAAGUAUAUGAAAUUGAGAAUAUUGAUUGGAUAUGUGAUACAUGCACACCAAAGAAA